AUGAAUGCCUAUUAUACUUUAGUAAUUCUUAUUUUAAGAUAGGGAAUGAUUAAACUAAACGAUUCAAAAUUAAUACUUAAUUUCAAAAUUAAUCUGACAAUCCAUCUAAAUUCAUUACUUUUAAAUAAGAUAAUUAUAAUCCUUCCUAAGAUAAAGUUGAAAAUAUACUUUAAUCAACAAUUAAAACAGAAACUAUUCAAUAACCAUAUACAUCUCAUGAAGAAAGUCUUAAAAAGAUGAUAUCUUAAUCUAUUUUUAAAUUAGAAGAACAAAUUAACCAUCCAAAUGGAAUUAAUAGUUUUGAUUUCAAUCUAGAAGAUAUUCCAUAAUAAAAUAUUCUAAACUAAAAUAAUAGUGAAUCUUAACAAGAACUAUAUGAUGAUUCAAGUUAUUUAAAUAAUUCCACUGAUUCAAAAAGUCCAAUUAAUACAAAUCAUAUAAAUACGAUAAAUGAUUAUCCUUUUAGAUAAAUUUCAAAACCUAUUAAUAUUGAGGAAGAAUUAUUUAAAUUAGAGAAAAUGUCAGAGGAUAGAACCAAAAAAAUUAAUAUAAUUGAAUUAAAUCCAAAAGAAUCCACUAAUGUUUCAUUUCUAUCGAGAAAUAAUAUUGAUUUUUAAGAAGAAAGCAAAGCUGAAGAACUUAUUGAAUUAAAAUAUAUUGAUAGAGCGCCUAAGUUUUCACCUAAAAUUCAAUAAAUGAUUGAAGAAGCCAAAAAAAAUAUUGAAGUAUUAUAAUAAUAAGCAGAAAAAGAAGAAUCUCUUACAUAAAAUAAAUUAUCCUUAAAAGAUUAAUUAAAGUUAAAAACAGAGAGUUUAAUGCAAUAAAUUGAGAAUACUUCUUCACAUAAUUCUAAGAUUGAAAAUAAUGAAAUAAAUACUAUUAAAUAAUUCACAAACAAUAAUGUAUUAGAAUUAGAUAAUAUUUCUAAUCAACCUGAAUAAUAAAUUAUCUCAUCAUCUAACAAUGAAAAUAAAUAUUCUAAAAAACCUAUUCUUAAUGAAUAUGAUACUAUUUUUGCUUAAUUUGCUAAUAAUAAUAAUUUAAGAUCUGUGAAACCUUAAUAACAUUUUUCUAGUCCAUUAAUGGAUACAGAAAUUAAAAUAGAACUAGUUUAAGAAGAGUAACAGAUUGAACCAUAAAAAGAAUUACAAAUACUUAAUCCAAGAGAAGAAAGACUCUAAAAAUAUUUGUAAAAAGCUGAUGAAGUUGAUUUAAAUUUUUUAGAAAACAUUAAACUUGUUUCAGAGUAGAGUGAAUAAGAAGAAGAUCAACCAUUAGAAUAAACUUAGGAUGUAUUUGAUCAUACUGAUGUGUCAUAUACUGAACAAUUGAAUUUGAGAAAAAGUAUUUUAUUGUAACUAUUAUUUAGAUUAAAUUCUUUAAGAACUAUAACAAAAAUAUAAUAUUAAGGCUACUCCAGUUUAAAGUUUUGAAGAAUUCAAAUUAAAAGUACCUUAAGAUCAGUAUCCAUAAAUAUUGUAUGAAAAAUAUCUAGAAUAAUUAAAAAAGUAACAUUUAGGAACAAGUUUUAUUGAAACAGAUCACAAUAUCAGAUCUAUUGAAAACUCAUAUUAACUUGAAGCAGCCUAUUAUGAAUGGCAUUUAUAAAAAAAUAUAUGA